AUUGGUCAAAGCAGUUGUCCCUCAGCUCAUGUGCAUAUUCCCUUUGGAGGCUGUUUUACUGCCGGUCGCUCGGAGCAGUGGUUGAGACGGAUUUAGGAGGCUCUCUUUUGUAGUAAAGUACUUUCAUAAAGUGGGAAAUCUUCAAAAUGGGAACCCGAGAUGACGAAUACGACUAUCUUUUCAAAGUGGUGCUGAUCGGAGACUCUGGUGUGGGGAAGAGUAACCUGCUGUCCCGUUUCACACGGAAUGAGUUCAACCUGGAGAGCAAAAGCACCAUCGGUGUGGAGUUUGCCACCCGCAGCAUCCAGGUGGAUGGCAAGACAAUAAAGGCCCAGAUCUGGGAUACAGCUGGACAGGAGCGUUACAGAGCCAUCACUUCAGCGUACUACCGGGGGGCAGUGGGGGCUCUCCUAGUGUAUGACAUCGCCAAGCAUCUCACCUAUGAAAAUGUGGAGCGCUGGCUGAAGGAGCUCCGGGAUCAUGCUGAUAACAACAUCGUUAUCAUGCUGGUGGGAAACAAGAGUGACCUGCGCCACCUCAGGGCAGUGCCCACAGAUGAGGCUUGUGCUUUUGCAGAGAAGAAUACGCUAUCAUUUAUUGAAACAUCAGCUUUGGAUUCCACUAAUGUGGAAGAGGCAUUCAAGAACAUCCUCACAGAAAUCCACCGAAUCGUAUCACAAAAGCAGAUAGCUGACAGAUCAGCACAUGACGAGUCUCCAGGCAACAAUGUAGUGGACAUCAGUGUCCCCCCCACCACCGAUGGGCAAAAAAACAAACUACCGUGCUGUCAAAGCCUGUGACCCUCAAUACCACUGUCCCACAUCCACUCCUCACUCUCUUUAUCUGCUUUUCUCCUGGGUGUUGUGCUGUUGCUGUCUCUUCCUCCAUGUGUUUUAGAAGUCUCCUAGAAACCUUGACUUUCUAGAUAACAUUCCUUUUUCACUUUUCUCAUGUUUGUCUGUAUGCCAUCCUCUAACCUCAACUUGUCUUUUACUAAGUGAUAGAAUUUUUUUUUUUUUUGGGGGGUUGUAUUCAGGCUCUGAUCAUGUGACCCAAUCCUGUAGAAGGACUGGUGAGGGAUCAGAUUGUUCUGAGCUUCUGGGUCAUAUCAAGAUAAGCUACAGCUUGUGUCAAUUGACAUCAAAGGUUGAAAUAUUUAGCAUUUUGUCUAACCCCUUUCUUAAAACCUUAACCUGUUUACAAAAAGUAAAUUUUGACAAGCUGUAUCCCUUUUUAGAUAAAACAAGCUUCUGGUUGCUGUCCUUAGAGUCCCUGUCUUGAGUGUGGCAUGAAAGGAGCAAUAACAGGGAUGUGGGUAGUGACAAAGUUUGGCUGAUCUGAUGCAUUUCAGAAAAUUGUGCAUUUUUAUUUUUUGUUAAGCCUGUGGUUCACAGAUACACCAAAGUGUGGCUGAAAUCAAUUUAAAUCUGAAAUGAUCUAAUCUAAAAUAUAAACUUGCAGAGAGGCACAUUGGUGAAGAUUGGAUUUACCAAUGGUUUCAUGUGCUUUGUUUCACUGUUAGCUGCAAGCCACUGUGUUCUCUCUGUCAUUAGAUUAUACUAUGACCUGAUCCAGUAGUCAGACUACAAUUGAAAGUGAAUAUGAAGGUUGUCCUGCUGAUCACUUCAAUGCAACUCGCCAUGUAAACUGAUUCUGAAUGACUAACAUCUUUAAAUCCCAACACUUAGCUUGGUUUGUUUGGGUGGGGGGGUUCUAAUAAAACACUGCAAUAUCUAGGGUG